CUUCAGGCAGACCGUAUAGCGCUGGAGCACAGAGCUGUCACUUUGUUACAGAUUUCAUUCAUUGUUCCUGGUUUCUCCUAAAGCGGGUUUCAGGAAUUUUUUCCAUCAUGUUCGAGGAGGCGAGUGAGGUGUUUGAUAACAUGCUGAAAUCGUCCUUUCCGCUGACGAUUAUCGUGUUUUUGCCGGCAGUGUUGAUCCUGGUGUCUCCGCUCCCAGCUGAAGCGGCGCAUGAAUUCACGGUGUACCGCAUGCAGCAGUAUGACCUACAGGGACAGAACUACGGAUCGAGGAAUGCGAUUUUGAACACUGAAGCCCGUACGGUGGAGGCAGAGGUGCUAAGCCGUCGCUGUGUGAUGAUGCGACUGGCUGAUUUCUCCUACGAGAAAUACCAGAAGGCUCUCCGGCAAUCUGCUGGGGCUGUCGUCAUCAUCCUCCCCAAGAACAUGUCCACAAUGCCCCAGGACAUUGUGCAACAGUUCAUGGAGCUGGAGCCGGAGCUGAUGGCCACAGAGACCAUCGUUCCCGUUUACUUUGCUCUGGAGGAUGAUGAGCUGCUGUCGAUUUACACCCAGACGCAGGUCUCCUCCGCCUCACAGGGCUCCUCCUCCGCGGCCGAAGUGCUGCUGCACUCCGCCACUGCAAACGGAUUCCAGAUGGUCACGAGUGGAGCUCAGAGUAAAGCUGUGAGUGAUUGGGCCAUCACCAGCCUUGAGGGUAAGUUAGCAGGAGCAGGAGGAGAAGAUCUGCCCACAAUCGUCCUUGUGGCUCACUACGACUCUUUUGGAGUGGCUCCGUGGUUGGCGUACGGUGCUGACUCCAACGGCAGUGGCGUGGCUGUGCUCCUGGAGCUGGCGCGACUCUUCUCCAGACUCUACUCUCACAAACGGACUCACGCUGGGUAUAACCUGCUGUUUUUCCUGUCUGGAGGAGGGAAGUUUAACUAUCAGGGCACUAAACGGUGGCUAGAGGAUAAUUUGGACCACACAGAGUCCAGUCUCCUGCAGGAUAACGUGGCGUUUGUCUUGUGUUUGGACACACUUGGGAACGGGGACAGUCUUUACCUGCAUGUGUCUAAACCUCCCAAAGAAGGCACGCCUCAGCAUGCACUGCUCCGAGAACUGCAAACGGUUGUAUCUCAGCAGUACCCGGAGCUGAAAUUCUCCAUGGUGCAUAAGAAGAUCAACCUGGCUGAUGACACCCUGGCGUGGGAGCACGAGCGCUUCGGGAUCCGUCGCCUCCCUGCCUUCACGCUCUCGCACCUGGAGAGUCACCGCAGCUCCAUGCGCAACUCCAUCAUGGACAUGCGGACUCAUGUGGACCUGAAGAAGCUCAGUAGAAACACUAAACUGAUCGCAGAGGCUCUAGCACGAGUCAUUUACAACCUGACUGACAAGGGCACUAAUGGAGAUCUGGAGAUCUUCACAGAGCAGAUGCAGGUGCAGGAGGAUCAGCUGCUCUCUCUGGUCGACUGGUUGAGCACUCAGCCUCGAGCCGCCCAGCUGGUGGAUAAAGACAGCAGCGUGGUCAGCACCCUGGAGUAUUAUCUCGGCCGCUACCUCAAAGACGUCAAGAGGCAUUUUGUCAAAGCUGACAAGAGGGAUCCUGAGUUUGUCUUCUACGAUCAGCUGAAACAGACGAUGAAUGCAUACAGAGUAAAACCAGCCAUCUUUGACCUCCUGCUGGCGCUGUGCAUUGCUGCAUAUCUCGGCAUCGUGUACUUGGCUGUCCAGCAUUUUGGCAUUUUGUACAGUGUUCUUCGCCGGGUCACGGCACCACGAGUCAAGCAGCAUUAACCCCGCUCCAGCUCUCUUCAUCCCUGCAAUAUGAGGGACUCCUGCAGUCCCACCAUGGAGCCAAGAGUGUAUUUGUUUUUUUUUGUUUGUUUUUUUUUUCCCCCCUCUCUGACAUGUUUCUUCUCUUCUCUUCUCUCUCUCUCUCUUUUUUUUUUUUUUUAAGGUAAUGGAACAUCAUUUUCCUUGUCAUGUUUUUGUGUGUGCGUUUGCCUGCUUGUCCUCCUCAGUCCAGGGACAGCUUUUUUACGGUCUUCCUUUCUGUCCAACACUGCCUCACUCCCCUCUGCCUCAGUCUGAAGCUAGUGAGAUCUCUGCCAAGCAACAGUGAGUCGUCUUCUCAGGCAGCUAAAGCCAAAAUGGGCCAAAUCGCAGCUUAAAGUGUUAGCUAGAUGGAGAAAGCUAGUCAGUUUGGAAACUGUUCAGAUGUGACGCCUCAUUUUAGUCCAGACUUUCUUUAGCAUUAGUUAAUACAGAUUGAUGGACGUAGUCAUCCUCACACGUCCUGAUUUUGCCGAGUGAAGCUCCGCCCUUAUGGACCGAGGGACACCUAGGUUAAAUUUGAUCAGGGAAACAGCAAACUUGGUCAUGUGAUCACCUCUUAGUUUUCAUUUUACUUCUUUGGCACAAAUCGGUGCUAACCCUGAACUCACACUUGCGGCAACAUGACAUGCCUAAGCGAACGGAAGUCAUUCAUUUUGAAUGAGAAUUGCUGAUUUCCAGUUAAAAUCAAAGUAACCGUUAAGGAGGUGAAAUGGGCGGGACAGGCGACAUGGCAAAGCUGAACAAAGUUCUUUUAUUUUAUGCAAAUGAGAAGUAAAGCAAUUUGGCGCCUACCAAUAGGAGUAAGGAGGGUUAUGUGUUUCUUUUUCCGCCACAACUGUGAAACAUUUUCCAUGUGUUUUUUUUUUUUUUUUUUUUUUUGUCUUUUUCUUUUUUCUUCCCCCCACAUUUGUUCCAACUCACAGCUCAUGAGUCUCGCUCUGCUGCUACCUGUUUAAUGUUUUCGGUCCAUCAAACUUUUACACAUUUUACAAAAAUGGAAAAUAGCUGUCAGGAAUCAUUAAAAGUCAAAUGUUUUAGGUUUAUUCUUUCACUAGUAGACAGUAGUACACACAACACUAAUACAUACAAGCAUUUUACACCACAUUUUUAUUCAGAAAAACAACUGAUUUGUAGUCAAAUAGGUGGUUUUAUAUUUGUUCUAUAGCUAGCUUGAGUAGAAAUCCCAUUAACCUGCUGCUACCAGUGAAACCAUGGCAACUGUGAGUAAACUAAAGACAAGACAUGCCCUCUAGCAAUUGGUGUGGUGGAAAAAAUGACGGUUAUAAAUAGCUUAGCGAGUUCAGUUAAGCUAGCAAGCUAUCUAAGGUAACAUGAUGUAAACAUGAUGUCAUGUGAAUAAGCUUUUGCAAAUGGCUGGUUGGAUUUAACCUAGGCUCUGCCCUUGUUAACUCAGGGAAACCUGUCACUCAGCAAAAUCAUCCAUCCAUCCUCCAGAGUAAAAAUAUUAAGUUAUGUGAUAUUAAAGAACCCGAGUAUUGAUUUCCUUAUUAAUAACUUCAUCCCUUUAGCUUUCCAUCAGAUUUCAUACAUCCACCACUUUGGACAGCCAUAACAGUCUGCUGAACGAAAUGAACACAAUAUACCUCUUCCUUCUUCUCCCUCUUUCCACUCCGCACCAGAGCCAGAGUCACUUGUUCACAUCCUUCAGCGAGAGCGAGACACUUUUUUCCCUGCUUCAGGUCUUUCUGCUGUUAUUUAUGGAAGCAAAUUAUGAAGCUUCACCUUGCACUGAUUUUACACGGUUUCCUUCGUUUCGCUGAGAUCUAAGGUUUUGUCAGCUGUUUGUGAGCCUGUGUAUGAAAACUUUGACUCUUGCAGCAAAAGUAAAAUAAAGAAAGAUUGAAGACAGGUCAAGGAAUAAAGUGUUUUGUUGAAA